UCAUUUCGCAAGACAACACCAGAGACAGAUGUAUCCCCUCAGGUUUUACAGACUGGAUAUUGGAACCAGAACCUUAUGAAUCUUUUGAAAGCCAUUAUGCAAUCAUUUCGCAGACAACACCAGAGGCAGACGUAUCCCCUCGGGAUUUACAGGCUAUUGAAACGCCGGGUUUUAUGAAAAAAUAA